CGGCGUUGACCUUCCCAGCAUGCGUAGCGCGGCGCAUGCGCUUUGGUUAUAGGUUUAGUCGACGGACGCCAUAAUGGCAAACAAGGACCAGGGUAAUGACUGUCAGCCACGUACACUUUACGUGGGAAACCUCGACACAGCGGUGACGGAGGAGCUUCUUGUAGCUGUGUUCGGACAGAUGGGGCAAGUAAAAGGCUGCAAGAUUAUUCACGAGCCCGGCAAUGACCCCUAUUGCUUUGUUGAAUUCAGCGACCACCAGUCAGCUGCGUCAGCGCUCCUAGCAAUGAACAAGAGGCUCUGUUUCGGCAAGGAAAUGAAAGUAAACUGGGCCACAUCACCAGGCAACACGCCAAAGCUCGACACUAGCAAACACCAUCACAUAUUCGUAGGAGACCUGAGUCCUGAAAUAGAGACAACCCAGCUGCGAGAUGCUUUUGCCCCUUUUGGUGAUAUCUCGGAUUGCCGAGUGGUGCGUGACCCACAGACACUCAAGUCCAAAGGUUAUGGCUUCGUAUCUUUUGUCAAGAAAGCGGAUGCCGAGAAUGCAAUCGGAACCAUGAAUGGCCAGUGGCUGGGUAGUAGAGCCAUCCGAACCAACUGGGCGACGCGUAAACCUCCUGCCAACAGGACCCAGGCUGAAGUCGACGUAACCACAAGCACAAAGCCCCUGACGUUUGAUGAAGUCUACAAUCAGUCCAGUCCUACCAAUUGCACAGUAUACUGCGGUGGCAUCUCACAAGGCUUGUCAGAGGAACUAAUGCAGAAGACAUUUAGCAGCUAUGGUGCCAUACAGGAAAUCCGGGUUUUUAAAGACAAAGGAUAUGCCUUCAUCAGGUUUGGUACGAAGGAGGCUGCAACACACGCCAUUGUGGCAACUCACAAUUCGGAUGUCAAUGGCCAGACAGUCAAGUGUUCCUGGGGCAAGGAGGCUACUGACCCCAACAACCAGCAGCAGCCUCAAGUGAGUCCAGGAGACAAGCAUCCCUCCUGGCCAGAGCAGCGCAACCCUUCCGCCGGGAAUCUGGCUACCCAGUACUCAUACCCAUACCAGCAGAUGGGCUACUGGUACCCGCAGGCGGGAUACCCACAAGUCCAAGGACAGUUCAUGCAGGGUGUCCAGUACCCCUACGGACAGUACUAUGGACAGGGCUUUGGGUCACCGCACGCAGCUUCAAGCACUUGGCAUCACUACUCACCCUCCUGCAGUCUUUCAUUCCAACACACAUACGGCCCAGAGACAGAAGACAGCAACGUAGCGACCACGAUUCUUGGGCAGCAGCAAUCUGCCAGCACGGGUGACAGCAUCCUGGCAGCACACAGUCUGACCCUUUUGAAGAACACAGUAGGGCGACGCACACUCGCACUGCAUAACACGUGCCACUAUCGCUGGACAGCUGGAGCGUCGGCAUGCAGAUGGCGUGGCAGGGUCUGCCCGGCCAACCACAAGUGGCAGCCGCGCAGACACCGAUGGCGCAAGGCUUGCAGCAGCCAGGAAUGAUCGGCGCAUACCCUAUGCAACAGUACCAGGCCCAGUAAAGGGAGCUACCACUCGCAUCCCCGCCCCACGAAAAGAAGACCACACACAUGGCUCUUCCCGUUCAAUUUUUUUUCUCCUCUGCUCCCUGGCUGUGGCCAGUUCCAUUUUUGUUUGUUUUUCGUCAUGGAACUAUGUGGUCAGUCAGCAGGGCGAGGGAAACUACACACACACACACUAUAUGGUAAAGGGGGGGGUAUCAAAACCUGCUGCCAAUCCCUUUGCAGUUUCCUUUAGCAGCGUAGAAUGGAUUAGACUUUUUUUAAAUUAUAGAGCAGCGUCACGCACGCUGCUGCUUUUGUUGUUUAAGUUUAAAUCGCUGCAAGGCAUAUGUGUGUGGAUGGGAGGCUCCCUUUUAAUUAUGUAGCCGUCCUGCUCGUGCUCAAAUGUACUACCCUCUGUGAAGGACGGCUGUGGUGUGGGCGGGGUACUGUGAAAGCGUCAUGUUUUUAAGAGGCACCAACCUUGACGGAUGUACAUAGUCGCUAUUGACGCCUCUUGGUGCUGCCGCCGUCAGGCCCCUGUGCACGCUGUAUGUGCGCCUGUUGGGAAUGAGAGCAUGGCCUGCGUUUGCUGCAGCAGGAAUAAAUAGGCUGGCAAAAAGCUAGAUUUGUAUAAACGA